CGUAGUACGACGGCGCAGAAACCACGGAAGCCAAUAGCACGUGGCAGUUAGACAGUCAGACGUAGUAAUGUUUAUUGUUUUUGCAGAGCAGGUGUUGAACAUUAACGGAAGGCGUGAAAAGGAUUGUUUUGUUACCAAGACAAACGUGCUAGUUACAUAUAUACCAGGCAUUCAUUAAGUUCCUUAUCAGUGUGUACUACUGUCUACAUUGGGAGUCUGGGACUGGUAUCCCUGUAACGGCCGUAACCUAAAAAGUGUGGGCGUAAAUCGUAACAGGUCCAGUUUAGUAGAUAUAUAUUCUUUGCCAAUUUUAUAGCAUUAAUUUAGUGUUCCAGACAUGAGAAUCCUAUUUUUGCCGUUUUUCGCCUUCUUGUUUAUUAUUUUAAAUGUCCAGUACAUAAGAGGAAGCUCCAAUUAUCACAUACAUGAAAAGGAAUGGCUUGAUCCGGAUCCACUUGACAGGAUAUAUCGUGACUAUACUGCGAGGAAAGAGUCAAGGAAUCCAACCCAAGCAAGAAAAGAAGAUGGUGUGAAAUUUGAUGAACUAGCAGCAGUUGAGGGAGAGUUAGAAUGUGGCAUGCAGUCACUAAGUGACUCUUCAGACAAGCUGCAUGAUUUAAAAUAUCAGUCCUAUUCAACACCACCUCCUGAACAAAAGAAUUCUGAUAUGAUCACAGAGCAACAGGAAUGUAUGCAAAGCAGACUGUAUAUGAGAAGGUUUAUAAACAUUCUCCUGAAAGUGAGUAAAUUAGAGGAGGAAAUGCCAGAGAAUUUGGAUGCACACCUUUAUAUUACAGUAACACCAGAACAACUGACAGUUCUGCAACAGUUCAGUGAAGGAAGUAACGAUGUCACACUUCAUGAUUUGGAUAGUGUUCUCUCCUCUGUUCUUUUUUUGUCAACAUCAGACGCCUCUAAAGAGUAUAUUCCAUGGUUUUUUAUAACUGAUAUUCUUCUGUCUAAAGAGGUAUUAAUGACACUUGUGUUUGGGUGCUUGCUCAUUUUCCUGAUGUGGAAGGUACUGAACGGCCACAGCUUGUAUCAAAUUGUGAUGAUGUUCUUGGUGUCAUUAGUGAUGAUAAGCUUCUUUGUGACAUACUGUCGACUGUACAAGGAAGUGGAAAUAAAACAGUAUGCAACCAUAAAGACAAACCCUGAGGUGCCACUAGGUUGCCGUCCAUCCUCAGAUUUGUCCUGGUAUGAGGCAGGUAUGCGGCUAUUUCACAGAGUUGAAUGCCAUAAAUAUUAUGAAGCUGUCAUGUUAGAUCCAGCUCUAAAGGUCACUCCAACUGUUGUUUUGUCUGAGAUGGUAGCAGAUUUCAUUCUGCAUCCAAGUGGCAAGUUAGGCUCUGCUAUUGCAGACUUCUCAAAUAAUAUACUAGAAAAUCUUCCAUGGGGAACAAAUUAUCUGGUGUUAAUUGCAUCAUUUUUCUUCAUCGCAGUCAUCAUAUGUGCAAGCUGUGGUGCUGUAGUAAAGCUACCAUUUUAUAUGGGAGGGCUUGAGAUAUCUGGUCAGAGACACCAAGAGGUGAAACAUGUAGUUGGACAAGUGGGGCAGCUUUCAGGGCAUUCAGUUCUGAAUGAUGCAUUAAGUAGUCUGAUGCAAACGGCAGCCUCUACAGACACAGGUUUGGUCAUAACGAACAUUCAUGGAAUUCAGAAGUUAUUGUCAAGUGGAAACACUGCUAUAGUUCAAAGGGAUGGAGCAGAAGAAAUACAGGUACCUCCUCCAAUGAAGAAGUCCAUACAUUGUAUGCAUGAGAAAAUUGAAGAUCAGAUUGAGCCCCAAGCUGUGCCUCCUGUGCCUGGUUGCUAUGGUGACUCACUGUCAGUAUGUCAUCAAUUUACACAGGUGGAUGAGAAUGUUUCUGCCACGAGUGGACUUCCUCAACAGCCAUUAAGAGAAAAUCAUGCAGUGGAACUGCAAUUAAGAGAGAAAGCCGUAUUAAGUGAAUCAAAGGUAGAACACAUCCAAAUUCAGGGCUUGGAAGUAGUUGCAGAAUAUACUAGAGGAUUGCAGGAGAAAGAUUUGGUGUCUGCUGAUGAGAACAAGUCAGAAUUUGGGACUGGAGACAACAGUAAAAUCUGGGAGACAGAGAUUGAAGGUGUUCUGGAUAGGCAUAGAAGAGACAGUACCGAUGGCUCAGAUGAAGAGUUACAGGUGACCUGACAUACCAUAAGCUGGCUUCCUUGGUAUGACUCUGGAUUGUCCUGCAGGAUACAUGAAAAACAAAUCUUUAUGGGCACCGUCUUCUGUGGCAUGAAGAGUACUUCCUUUUGGUCUGUAAUGCUGUAUAGUCUGGUAGAAUCCACCAACAUUUUGGACAAAUGUACUGCCUCCAUCUUCGGGGUGGAAGAGCAAGCCAUGUGAAUUACUGGCAAGAUUCAGGUGAGAUAAAGAGCCUGUAAAAAGUACUGUCAUCUUGUAUGUAACACCAUAUAGUCCAGUGGAUGUUCACUGACAUUUUGUAGGAGUGUACUGCCUGCGUCUUAAGAGUCAAAGCGUAAACCAAGAAAGAAACCAGCAAGAGGUAGGUUGUAAACAGAGCUUUUGAAUGUAAUGAUGUGUAAUCUAGUAGCUGUCCACAGAUGUUUCAGAGGUAACAUCAUCAGUGUCGAAGAGAGAGUCAAACAAGGAACCUUCAAGAAGCAGGCAGCAAGCAGAGCCUAAGAUGAGUAGUAUUUUAUGUGUAGCCAGGCGUGUAACACAAUUUAUAAAGUUUUAUUCUGAAACACGUCUGUCCUGCGUUUUUAAAAAUUAUCCCCCUUGAAAAAAAGCUUUUGAAUAUUAUUCUUUCAGGAAGUCAAAAAUGUGUCUUAGUUUCUGUAGUCAUAGUUUGGGUCAUUAUUGUUAAGAGCAUUGCCAUUGUUUGAAAAGUGGAGAAAAUUAAGAAUAUGAAGAAACCUUUCACUUUUUUUCCCAUAAAAGGGUAGAAACAGCUGUUUAGUAAUCGGUUGUCUUUCAGGUGUCGUGUGUGAUGUCCAUAAAUAACAAUUGCUAGAGACAGAAACGUUUCAGAUUUGCUAACACCAGGCACUGAAGAAGAUCUCUUGUGAAGGUAAAAGAAGUAUUGUUGGUAGUAUCAGUUAGUUUCUGCCACCAGCAAAGCACUAGCAGCUGCCAGAAUAUGCCAUGAAAACGCUAUAGGGAACCAAGUCUUUGUUUUUAUGGGGUGCAACCUUUUGUCUUUUGCCAGUCAUAUCAUGGGUGAAUUGGUGCACAUUGUUGUUUGCCCAACCUAUCAAUUGUCCUCAUUUUGACACCUCAUGGGGGUUGGAAACAAAUCAUGGACCUGUCAUUUGUGUUAUCAUGGUGGACUCCUCUGUUUGACUGAUACAUUAGUUGAGCUUGUUUGUAGACCCCGUAGUAGGAUAGAAAUGGGGUUAUUUCUUUAAUGUGAUUUUCCUUGUUGGCUUCGUCAGAGUUUUUCCCCAGAUUCCUAUGAUUGACUGUGUGAAUUAUACAUUGUUGAGACUUGCCUGUUGUAAGUAUAGUAGUAUGUAUGAUGUCUGUUUUUUGUUAUGAAUUUUAAUAUUUUAUAAUGUAAGAGGAACAUAGACUGAGGCUG